AACAUUUUGUGUCAAAAAGCUAUGUUUGAAAAUCAAACUCGGUAAUUUCAAAUAUACUAAUUCAACAAAAUUUUAAGCCUCAGGAAAAAGCUACUAACUCUGAUUUUAUUAAAUCAAUGCAAUGAGGUUUCUUUACCAAAAUCAGUGUAAGAUUGUUUACUGCCUAAUAAUAUUAUUAAGUGUUAAUGGAAAAAUAAGAAACAAGAACAAACAGCAAAGUUCAAGAGAACUGGAAAAAACCAUUGAGGAGAUCAACAUGGCACAUGGAAGAUUCAGUGAUGUUAUAUCGUUACCUGGAAACAGGCGAAGUCAUACUGAGUUUGCAACUUUAUGGAAAGACACAAAUGGCAGACCACGAGUUCCAUAUGUUAUAAAUAUUGGAUCUAAUAAUACAAGAAACAAUUAUACAACUAUUAUUAAGCAAUCUGUUCGGGCUAUGAAUGAAUAUAUGUCUCCUUGUGGUCAUGAUGUAUGGGUUGAAAAGGAAGAUAGUGAUAGAAGCGGAUAUGUUGAAUUUAUAACCACAUUGGAUAAUGGCUGCUAUAGUUAUAUUGGGAAACAGCCAUUAGAAAAACAAAUAAUUGCCAUAGGAUAUAAGUGUGAUACUAAAGGAAUAAUUUUACAUGAAAUGCUUCAUGCAAUGGGUUUUAUGCACGAGCAACAACGCUGUGAUCGCGACAGUUACAUUGAGGUUAUAAAUCGGAAUAUCAAUUUAGACUCAAAAGUAUUAAAAGUAAUGGAACAGUUUAAUUGUUACUAUUCUAUCCAGUAUACGCAUUAUUUUACUCCCUAUGAUAUUUUUUCCAUUAUGCACUAUGAUUUAUGGGCUUUUUCAAAAAAAUUAAAGCGCACUGCCAACACAAAGACAAUAAAAUUAAGACCAGAGUUUAUGAAUUUAACAGCAGAUGUUGAGGAAAUAAUUGGAAAAACAUAUAGAAUGAGUGAUACAGAUAAGCUUAUGGUUAAUACAUUGUAUGGAUGCAUUGCCCCAACAUGCAUUGUUUCUUGUAAUGGUACAAAUACAUGUGCUGAACUUCCACCCACUCCAAAUAAUAAAAUGCUUGCUCAAGCAAGAAUCAUCAAAUCAAGUACUAGUUUAAUUGGUGGGAAAUUAGUAGCUAGCAUAAAGCAAUUAGAUAAAGAAUUUCGUAUAUUUUUUAUAAUUCAUCCGAUGAUUUAUAUUGAAAAGUUGCACAAUGUCAUUCAUUUAGCUGUUGGGUCUAGUAAAAAAAGUCGCGGCAGAGAGAUUUUAGGUGUAUGGUUUGCAGAUGCUGGCGAUGGGCGAUUAAAUAUUAGUGUACCAACCAAAGUAAAAUAUUUUAUUUCUAAACCACAAUUAUUAGAUACAUAUUGUACAAUAGAUAUUCUUCAGCAAAAGAAAAAAAGCAAAUACAUUUACACUAUUAAAAUCAAUGCAGAAACUGUUUACUCUGAAGAGAAUAAAAAGCCAGAAAUCUUUGAAAAUGUUCAAGUUUAUGCUUCAAAUCCGUGGGACUUGGUACAAAUCUCUAACAUAGAGAACAUGUUUAUAAUCAAUGGAAAAAAAGGCCAACCGAGCGUGAUUGAUCUUGUCAUUAAUCCAUCAGACAGUGUUGCUCAACUUUCAGAGAAAGAGCUAUGCGAAAAUGAGGUUAUCGCAACAAUAAAUAAUUUAGAAAAAGUAUUCUCUGUAUCUUUUAAGCUAAAACCUAUAUCAUAUUCCGAAGAAUGGCAAAAUGUUCUCCACAUAACCAAGGGUCAGAAGUUUGGUGAAUGUGGUGACAGAUAUCCAGCAGUAUUUUUUCAUAAAGAUGGUUCUGGGCGACUUGAAUUUUUUUCAGAUAUUAAUGGCAAAAUUAAUUCAAAAUUUGUGACAACAAAUCCACUUCCACUCAAUGUAUGGUCAAGUAUUAAAAUAGAACAAACUUUGAAGAAUGGUGCUUAUAUUUAUGCUAUUUUUGUUAAUGGUUCCAUUCAAUAUGAAGUUGAAAACAAAGAUCCGAGGCAGUUUAAAGAUAUGAAAGUAUAUAUUUCAGAUCCGUGGUAUACUGCACAUGAUGGUUGGAUUAAAGAGCUAUUUGUUGUGAAUGGAGAUACAAAAAUUUCUAAUGCGACUCAACCUCGAGAUAGGUUUGAAGAUGCCAGUGAACAAAAGUUGAAAGAAAAUAAUUUGGUUGCAACUAUGAGCCACUUAAGUUCAGAGUUUACAAUUUCAUUUCAGAUAAAACCAACUUCCUAUACGAAAGGAUUUAAUAGUGUUUUUUAUUUUUUGCUGGAUCGAGAUUUAAUUCCACAAGCAAAUCACCAAAUGGCAGCUUGGUUUGAUCAGGAUGGAACUGGACGGUUAAGUUUUUUUUUAACUUUAUUAAAUGUAACAAUGUUUACCACUAAUGAUUCGCUUCCUUUAAAAAAAUGGUCAUCUAUUAAAUUAACUCGAACGAAAAUCUCUUCUGAGAAUAAAACUAACUUUAACAUCUAUCUGAAUGAAAAUCUUGUUUUCAAUGAUAAGGCAGGAGCAAAAACUUUUGAAUUUGUUAGAGUUUUUUUUGGUAAUCCAUGGCAAAGUGUUCAAAAAGGCUACAUUAAAGAUUUGAAAAUAUACAAUGACUGAUAUGUUUUCAAAAGUUGAGUCAAGACUGUUGAAACUAUCGAAACAACUACUCAGCUGAUGUAACUUAUUAAAAAAAAAUUUCAAAUAAGUUUUGCAAAUUAUAUAAUGUAAAACGCGUUACCCUCUGAUAUAGUAAAGUAAUUAAUAA